AUUGCAGUUAUGGAUCUGGGACUAUGUAGGAGAAAGAAACCGACAUAUUGCAACGGUUUUGGCUGGAACGUUUGGCAACUUUAGUGCUGUCUGAGAAAUCCACUUCCUGUCUGAAUUACUAUAAAAGUGAAGUGUCCGCCUGUAAUGUCCCUGAGACGCCGUCUACUGUCCUAUGGCUUUGACCAUCCCCACUUUUGUAAAUGGAUUUAUUGUAAUCCCACCAGUGAUUGUGGGCGGUAAACAUACUUUUCCUGCGUGUUCUUGAUGUUUUCCGUUGGACCUGUGUGUGUGUGUGUCUGUAGGUCAGUACUGACUGUGGCCUGUGAACAGACUGAGGUCCUGCUGUUUGACCCCAUCUCAUCCAAACACAUCAAAACCCUGAUGGAGGCUCAUGAAGACUGCGUCAACAACAUCCGGUUUUUGGACAAUCGCCUGUUUGCCACCUGCUCUGACGACACCACUAUUGCAUUGUGGGAUCUGCGGAAGCUGAACUCCAAGGUUUGCUCGCUGCACGGCCACGCAAGCUGGGUGAAGAACAUCGAGUACGACACUAACACGAGGCUCCUCGUCACGUCGGGCUUCGACGGCAACGUCAUAACGUGGGACACUAACAGGUUUACAGAGGACGGCUGCCCACACAAAAAGUUCUUCCACACUCGGUACCUGAUGAGGAUGCGUCUGACGCCUGACUGUUCAAAGAUGCUCAUCUCCACGUCCUCUGGUUACCUGCUCAUCCUCCACGACCUGGACCUCACUCAGUCUCUGGAGGUGGGCAGUUAUCGUAUGCUGCGAGCGCGACGGACUCCCCUCACCUCAGGUCAGUGAACGGUCCGACUCUCU